AUGGCAACUCCACAGCUGGCCGUCGACACGCUGCCCACCUGGGCCAUGUUCCACGAUGUCGACCUCGUCGACGUCGAGGCGCGCGAAAUUCCCGGCUGCGGGCUGGGGCUUCUGGUGAACAAGGAACUCAGCCGAGAGGAGGAAACAUUCGAUAUCCCUGCAGUGCUCAGGAUUCCACAUGAGCUGGUCCUGUCUGCCGAAGCAGUCGAGAGUUGUGCCAAGGUCGACAAGAAUUUUCGCCAGCUGCUCGAUGCGUGUGGCCACAAGACCAACUUGAAGGGUGGCGUAUCGACGCCGUGGACGGAGUAUGUCAAGUACCUGCCACCACAGGUGCCUGUUACGACUCUCUGGACUGAACAGGAGCGUGAGAUGUUGAACGGCACAUCACUGGAGUCGGCUACUGCUGCCAAGAUUGUCGCGCUGACUGACGAGUUCGACGAACUUCGUGAGACUUCCGAGGCCCUGCCCUUCUGGAACGAGCUCUUCUGGGAAAGCAACAAGGUCUCCCUCAUCGACUGGGCCCGCGUCGACGCAUGGUUCCGCUCCCGAUGCCUAGAGCUGCCAAAGUCGGGCGAGGCCAUGGUCCCCGUGCUGGACCUGGCGAACCACUCGGCAAAGGCCAACGCGUACUACGAGGAAAACGACAAGGACGAGGUGGUCCUCCUCCUGCGGCCCGGCUGCAGGGUCUCGCCCGGGGACGAGAUGACAAUCUCGUACGGGGACGCGAAAUCCGGGGCGGAGAUGCUCUUCAGCUACGGGUUCAUCGACCCCGCGUCCGUCGCCGACAGGAUCACGCUGCCCCUGGCGCCCCUCGAAGACGACCCGCUGGGUAAGGCGAAGCUGCACAUCUUCGAGGGAGCCCCGACGGUGGAGUUCGACCGGACGAAUGGCGUCGUCGGCUGGAAGAGCCCCUUCGCCUACUUCAUGUGCCUGAACGAGGAGGACGGCCUCGACUUUCGCGUGCUGCAGGACACCGGAGGAUCACGGGAGCUAAAAGUGUUCUGGCAGGAGGACGACGUGACAGCGUCGACCAAGGACUUUGAGAAACACAUCGACGGCCACCCCAUCGCACAAAUCUUUCGUCUUCGAGUGGUUACCGUCUUGCAGGAUCUGGUGUCCGGACAGCUCGAGCGACUCGCUACCGGCAUGUCCCUUGACGACCUGGACGCUUCGCUCAGCGAGGGAGGUCUCAUAUGCGGGGCGUGCAUCAACGCCGCCGCUACGUUGAGGGAACAGGAGACCAGCUUACUGGAAGCCGCCAUGAAGUCUCUGGAAGACCAGGUGAGUUUAUUCUCCUGUCGGGUCCUCUCUGUCAGUGUCAGGGCUGCAGCGAUAACAUACGAUGCUCUGCCCAUGUCCUCCUGGCCCAUUGCCCUUUUCCCCUUUUGA